GGUCCCGCCCCCGCUCUCCAUAGUUACGGCGCCCCUGAGGUGGCGGCCAUCUUGGCGGUGGAGCGAUGAGCGGGUCGAACCCGAAGGCUGCGACUGCGGGUUCGCAGGCUGGGCCCGGCGGGCUGGUGGCUGGCAAGGAGGAGAAGAAGAAGGCGGGCGGCGGCGUCCUGAACCGGCUCAAGGCGCGGCGCCAGGGGCCCCCACACACGCCCGACGACGGCCCCGGGGCCGCCGUCACGGAGCAGGAGCUGCUCGCCCUGGACACGAUCCGCCCCGAGCACGUCCUACGCCUCAACCGGGUCACCGAGAACUACCUGUGUAAACCAGAAGACAAUGUCUACAGUAUCGACUUUACCCGCUUCAAGAUUCGAGAUCUGGAGACGGGGACAGUUCUCUUUGAGAUUGCCAAGCCGUGCAUCUCAGACCAAGACCAGGAUGCGGAGGAGGAGAGCGUCGACGUGGAUAUCAGUGUGGGCCGUUUCGUUCGGUAUCAGUUCACACCGGCGUUUCUCCGCCUCCGGACUGUUGGCGCCACGGUAGAGUUCACUGUGGGUGACAGGCCGGUGACAGGCUUCCGGAUGAUCGAGCGGCAUUACUUCCGGGAGCGGCUGCUGAAGACCUUUGACUUUGAUUUCGGCUUCUGCAUCCCUAGCAGCAGAAACACGUGUGAGCACAUCUACGAGUUCCCGCAGCUCUCCGAGGACGUCAUUCGUCUGAUGAUUGAAAAUCCCUAUGAGACGCGCUCUGACAGCUUCUACUUUGUUGACAACAAGCUGGUGAUGCACAACAAGGCGGACUAUGCCUAUAACGGAGGCCAGUAACCGCUGCGGGAGUGGACAGGGAGGUCCUCUGCCGCCACCAUGAGCACCGAGCAGGAAUCGCAGCUGCCGCCCGUCAACACCCACCUCGAACCUGGUCCAGGAAGCUGCAGCUGGUGGGGUUUUGUGCUCCAAGGAAGUGCCAGCCAGCAGUUUCUCUUCCCAGUGUUUGUUCCCUGCCCCCUAGGUCACAGAGGUAUUAUAGUGAAGUAAAAGAUUAGGGUAAGGUUCCCGGGAUCCAGAUAAAAGAUUAUUUCUCUAUAGUCUUAGCUGUGCACUGCUUAUCCCGACAAGCCUGACUGUCCAGGCACAGCUUUGUCCGCCAGAAGGCUUGUGCUGGGCUGGGCUACAGGUUCCCAGCCCCUGCAGGUUCCUGGGUGCUUUGGGCAGCGGAGAGCAGCUCACUUCUCUCUCAUCCCGUGCCAUUGGCACAGUCUGUCCUUGCCUAUGCAGUUAGGCCAACUGGAAGAAACUUGAAGAGUGACUGGGGUAGGCAGAGCCCGGGCUAAGCCACUGGGUUGGGAGGUAGCACCAGAGUCAAAGAUAAGGUUUUGAGGAGGCUUCUUACUGCCUUUGAGAAGCCACAGCCAGGCCUAGGAGGGACCACGGUCUCAGCCUGGUGGCACCUUCUGUUCUUGCUCUAGAAACCAUGAGCCUCCCUCCUGCUCCCCUGGCUAUGACUUUUACCAUGUCCUGCCGUGGCCCUGGGCAGUUCUGUUCACAGAACAUGGUGUCUCUCUUGAGUUUAGUGUGCACUCUGUGCUUUGCGCUCUUCCUUCUCAGACUUCUUUGGGGAUUUUUACAACGUCAGUAUUUAGAACCCAGGAUGCUGAUAGAUUGUGAUAGGACUGGUUGGCUCCCAGGCUAAUGUGGCUCGUGGGAGAGGCACAGUUGGGGCUUUAGAGAGAGCUGACUCUGUAUCCAGAGAGCCUGGAAGAGAGGCUCUGGGUGGGGAUUGCCUCUAGAGCAAUCUGAUGUUGAGGAGUGCUUUCCUGUCUGUUUGCCUUUCUGCUGAAGUCACAUGGUCCUGCCCCAGACUGCUGCAUGUGUGAGUGUUUGGGAAGGGCAGCAUAGGCUGAGGUUGUCUGUCAGAGCAGUCCUUAGAUGUGCCUCAGGGGUCCUCAGAUCCCCACUGACUGACUCCCACCUCUCUGGCUCCCUAGGUUGUCCCUGUGGGCAGUUCUAGGAUGCUGUGGCUGGGGUUCAUUUGUCAUUGAAUGAAGUGCUGGAAGGGCGGGUGUACAUGAAGUGUCUCUGAGGCACCGUGUUACCUGUAAUGUCACCUGUGAUGAGACCAGGGCCCCAGAGUACUUGAGAGAAAGGAUGUGCUUUGGCCAGUGUCGCUGUUGUCUUCUAGGGUGUUAGUGGUCCUGGGUUUGGACCCAUGCCCUGUACCGGGCCAGCACCUGACAGUGCUGUGAUGCUGUGCUCCGGGGGCUUCGGGACGGGGAAGCCUAGUUAUCCUUCAUGCUGCACUGCAUUUACCCACUGAGAUAGAUGGGGGGCCCAGGUGCCCUAUGGUGGGCACCUCCUGACCAUUCCAGUGGAUCUCAGAACUGGAGUCCAUUCCAACUCUAGGUGCCUUAAGUGUGGCUCUGCCCCAUGUGCUGCUGGGAGCUGCGGGGCCAAUCUCCCUCACCUGCAUACAGACAUGAGUGUCUCUCUGCCUUUCCUCACGUGGCUCGUCUGGUGAGCUUUCCAUGCUCUUGACAAGCCUCACAGUGUUUGCUGUAUUCCAGAGUCUGGGAAGUGUUUGGUACCCGGUGUAUCAGUAAAUACUGCCUAGCGUGUGCUUCCGAGAGCUGCGUGGUCUUAGCUCAGUAGCACGCACCCUGGGACGCUCCUGUUUUCUGGCACGCUGUCUCCUGCCUGUCAUGCUGGCUUUGCUUGGAGAGCCCUCAUGGAGGAGCUGGCCACACUACUGGCUGGAGAAGGGCUGCAUCCCCUUUCCCUUCAGCCUGUUCUCAGAGCACACUGAGGCCGGGUGCUCAGUCAUCCUGGUAGGAUGGAGCAGUCUUUAGCUUCUGAAGGGCCAGUGGUCCGUGUCUGGCUGCUUAGGGAAGCAGCUUGCUGCUUGCUAGAGAGUUUGAAAUUCCAACCUUUGUGCCUGACUUGUGUAAACUGGAAGUCAUACUUUGUAAAUAACGGAACAAGCAGAAGCCGAGUCAGAAGUCAAACUGUCCAAGAACACCAGUGGCUACAGUGGCUUCCUGUGAUGCACCGGAAGAGGGAAUCAGUGCUUGCUUGGGGGUCAGGCAUGCCCCAUGCCCAGAACAGUAAUCUGAGAGGAUGGCAGCCCCUGGGGACCUCGUCCCCACCUUGGGCUGAACCCUUCCUGGUAUGAGGCAAAGUUCUGCUCCAUCUCCAUCCUUGCCCCAUGUUAGGGGCUGAGCUGCCCUUCUAAACCGUAAAAACAGGAAUAAAGACGGCCAGUACUUGGGCUGACAUAAGCUCUUAUCUCAGGUUAGCCCAUCGCUGGCUCAUAGGAGCCUUCUGAAGCUUCUCCUGGCCCCGGGCAUCUGAUUUCCAGUCCUUAGGGACAGCAUUUUGCCAUGUCUAGGGUGGGCCAUAGACUCAGAUUCUGAAAACAUCCACAUUCCAUGUCCAAAGCACCAUAGCCACAGGGAGUCUGGACGAGGUGGGCGCAUUCUUGUUCGUGAGGGAUCAUGGCCUUUACGAUGCUGUCACUCAAGUUGUGAAAGUCCAUUUUCCCUGUAAAUCUAUUUUUCACAGAAAUAGGAAACAUCUCUGUCCUUAAAAUCCUCAGUCCAAAACAAAUCAGGUGAUUCUAUUUGUAUAAGAUUAUUUUACCACAAGAAACAGUAAUAAAGAUUUUUCACAAUA